AUGGGCGCAAUUCACCGACUCCUCCACGACGUUGAAAGCAUUCAGCUGAUGAGCCCAGUAUCACUGGGCGCUAUAGCAGCUGUAAUCGCGCUGGGCCUGGUGUACCUGUGGAGGUCUCGCCCAAAGCCCCAUAACCUUCCUGUCGUCAAGGUCACUGGGAACAAUGUCGUCGAGACGCUAGAAGAGGCACAUGAAAAGCAUCCCAAUGAGCCCUUCAUGCUCUCUCUUCCUGGCAUGGAUAUGGCUGUUUUGCCAGACUCUGAGAUUGAGACGAUAAGAGGUCUGCCUGAAACCGAUGUAUCAAUCAAGAAGCACCACUAUGACGUUUUCCUGGGCGAGUACUCCUACAUGGGUACAAAAGCCGACGAGUUUGACAGCACCAUGCGAAACGUAUUGACUCGGAAUACUCCUGCGGUCUUGGCAUCUUUUACCGCCGAGGUCGAAUAUGCCGUGAACAAGAUGAUCGGCCCCUGCAAGGAGUGGACCGCCGUCAAACCCAGAUACGCCAUGUCGAGGAUCGCUUCCAUCAUGUCCGGCCGUGCUUUUGUCGGGCUGCCUCUGAGCCGACAGGAAGAAUGGGUUGAGGCGACGGUUGACUAUACCGCCGGCGUCUCGCGAGCUUGGCUCGUACUCAGGCUCAUUCCUUGGCCCAUUCGCUUCUUCGUCGCCCCCUUCCUUUCCCAAGUGAAGGCUCUAAAGCAGCAAAGGACCAUCAACGAACAGAAACUAGCCCCCGUCAUCGCCGAAAAGCGAUCUGGUGCCAAGAAAGACAAGAGGGUGCCGGGCGGCGACAUGCUCGAGUGGUUCAUUUCUCAGUACUCUCAGCCGCCGAACGCGCAGCAGCUUGGCCGAGACCAGCUUCUCGCGACCUUUGCUUCAAUCUACAAUCUUUCAAAUGCCCUGUCGUACAUUAUCUUUGAUCUAGCGGCGCUCGACCCGGAGGAUGUCGAGCUCAUGCGAGAGGAGGUGCUUCAGCACGUCCCCGCCGACGGCAGAAUCGACAAGAUGAACCUACCCAAGCUCAAGAGACUGGACAGCUUCGCGAAAGAGUCGCAGCGGCUUUCGCCUCCAUCGCUUGUGAACAUCCCCCGUAUUGUUACCAAUCCCAACGGACUCCACUGUUCCACUGGCCAUGUACUUCCGCAAGGCACUCGUAUGACCAUCCACGCGCAUGCCAUCAACCAAAAUCCAGAGCUCUAUCCAAACCCUGCGGAAUUUCAGCCUUUCCGCUUCUCGAAGCUACGAGAAACGCCUGGAAAUGAGCACAAGUUCCAGCAUGCGACCACUGGCAUUGACAACAUCAACUUUGGGCACGGGAUUUGGGCUUGCCCAGGCCGCUUCUUUGCCAGCGCGGAGAUCAAAGUGGUGCUGGCGUACAUUCUCCGCCACUACGACGUGAAGCUGAAGCCUGGGGAGCUGAAGCCCAAGCAGCAGCAUUUUGGGCUAGCCAUUCUACCUGAUCCAACCGCCGAGGUUCUUUUCAAGGCGAGACAGUAG